AUGGCAGCCAACAAUUCUAAAAAGCAUCAUGUUGUGCUUGCUCUGAUCGCAACACUUUCCGGGAUUGUCAAAGCAGACUCACCAGACUCAGUCAAGAUAUUGGAUGUUACUUAUGAUACAGCAACCACCUCAGACCUUCGUGUCUUCCGAGGAGGCCUUGCUGGAACCAUCCCCACUGAAGUUGGUUGCCUUACCGCUUUGACAACCUUGGACUUGGAAGAAAAUCUGCUGACAGGACCAAUUCCUUGGGAAGUUGGGGCUCUAACAAAGUUGACAAAGUUGGAUCUUGACAGCAACCAGUUAUCCGGAAGUCUUCCCUCUGAAGUGGGCCUUCUCACUGCCUUGACUGCCUUGACAAUUCACGAGAAUCAGUUGUCAGGCGGCAUUCCAUCAGAAGUUGGUUUGCUCACUGAUCUGAUUACCUUGGAUUUGAAUAGCAACAAGUUUUCAAGCAAUAUCCCCGCCGAGGUCGGAUCAAUGACUUCACUGGAAAAUUUGUACCUGAACAAGAACAUGCUAUCUAACAACAUUCCUGAGCAGCUUGGGUCACUUGGAAACAUGAGCAGGCUGUAUUUGUAUGACAACCAGUUGUCAGGCAGUGUGCCCAGUAAUCUUUGUUCCAGCUCAGAUUUGUAUGAGAUACGGGUUGAUUGUGCUCCAGAUGCCUUUCCGGUGGAAUGCUCAUGCAGUGAAUGUAGAUGCGACCAAGAUUUAUCUUCCAGCGCCAACCAAGAAGUAUCUUCCAGCCCCAGAGUUGACAAUUCUGCAACCACUUUGUUCGGUUUCGGCUUGUUGGCUGCCUGGAUGCUCUGA